AGGACCAGGCGUGUUUAUACAUAGGAAACAAACGGUAAAAACGCCGCGAGGAAGGGAGUGGCGACGAGAGAGGGCAGUUUUAAAGCUUAUUGCAACAUAAUCCAUCGCAAAAGUGCAUUUGAUGCGGGAUCUGGGGACAAAGGAGCAGCGGAGCGGCGCGGUGUGCAGCCACAAGCUGAAAUAAGAGGCUUUAGAGAGGCGCUCCCGGCGUCACCGCGUCUCAGACCCUUUUUUCCCCCUCUUUCUCGCUUAAAUCAGCAACUAAAGGAAGGUUUUGGAUGUAUUGCUGUAACACAUCUUCUCAACGUCAUCUUUUCUCCCCGCCUGGCGAUCCUGCAUGUGGACUCCUGCUGGCUGCACGCCUUUAACAGUUACACCUACCAAAUAUAGACGCAGUUAAAGCCGGAGCGUCCUUGAGGAGCGGCGCCUUUCCAGGAUUGGAUUGUAAAUACAACACCGCCAAAGUUUCUAAUUAAAUGCUCAGAUAUUUUUGAUCCUGUGUGGGAUUUUGUUGACUCAACUGGUUUAAUCAGAUUAGAGAGUCGGAAACUUAAAUCUUCUGGCACAUUUUUUUUUUUUUACUUCUCAGAUUUCCCUGCCGGUUCAGAUACAUGUAGGAAUCUGACCGUUCAAAAUACCCGAAGCCAUUUUUAAGCGUGAUUUUUUUUUUUUUUUUUCUCUCAGAAGCUGCUCGACCGGCUCCAGGCUGCAGCUCACACCCUCCUCGCAUUUUUGUCCUAUUGUUUUCCAAUCUCCUUCCAGGGACUGGAGCGUUAGUGCCGUCAUGGCUCGGGUUUUGCUGACUGCUUUAGUUCUGCUGGUGCUCGGCCUGGCGCAGGGGCGGGCUGAAGCUGCAGCCGGGGCCGGGAAGGUCAGGGCCGAGGCCCCCCCGGCGGUCACCACCCUGCGCACCCUGAUCACGGGAAGCUGCCAGGAGGCCCAGCGUUACGCGGAGUCAGUGCUGGGAACCGGCGUGAUACGGUCAGCUGCUGAGAGUGCAGUGUUGUUUCUUGAGUCAUUGCUUGGUCAGGAGAACAUCAAUACGAUGACCAUGUUUUUGGAGACUGUGAUCAGAUUCGUGGCUGAAGGAGCUGCCAGCGGCCUGAAUGUCAUUGCCGUUUACGUCACAGAGAUCCUCAGGGUCACAGGAUUCGAUGAUGCACUGACACUGCCCCGCUUCACUCCAGAGGGCGUGACCGCCGUCGCCCAGUGGGGCCUGCUGGCUCUCAUCGGUUACUGGGUGCUAACCAUUGUUCUCCGUCUGCUGAUUGGUGUGAUGAGGCAGGUGUUCUGGGUGGUGAAAACUGUCAUAGCCCUCUGGCUUUUCGGACUGAUUGCGAUGGACAAGCAGGCCUCUGCAGAAGUAACGGCAGUUCGACUGGGCGGCCUGGUGCUGGCAUGCGUCUUGUUGACUCUGCUCACCUCUGGGUCUGAGAAGUCUUGCGUGGUGGAGAACCGACUGAGCAGCUUGGAGGGCCGGCUGAAGGCUGUAGAAAAGAGAAAAGGGGAGUAGCGGUGGGGAAGGGUAGAGAAAGGUGAUCGUCUCGCAGGCUGACACAGUGGUAACUGUAAUGAUUUAUAUCUGUGAAGAAUUUGAGAAAUAAAGUGAUCUCUGGGAUUUUUUAAUCAGAAA